AUGUUGGUUGCGUCAGGGAAAGUAAUGCUAUUCGGUUGGAUUUAAGUUUAGGGCGGGUUUAGUUUUCGGAUACGGAAGAGGAAGGAGCUAUGUUUUGAAAGCAUUGUCAGAAGUUUAGAAAGUUACGAAAAGGGGACUUGUUGAAAUAACUUUACAUCACAUUUUUACAUAGGGCAGUGAUACUAUUAAAAUACAUCCUAAUUCUAUUUAAACAACGUGCGUGUCACUAUAAUUGAAGGAAGGUAGUUUGGGAGAGUUAACUAACUUCGCUACGUUGAUCUAGCGUGUGCUUGCUUUGACAGCUAGUUAAACGUUUUUGAAUGGUAUUACUUGACUGUUGCCAAAAUGGACAUACAACACCGGCAGCGACCGGUCAAACCGGACCAGAGUUUUUGGGGCAACCGAAGACUGUGGACCGCAAGGAUUUUCUCCAUGUUCUGCUGUGCGAUGGUGGUGUCGGUCGUUGCAGUAUUCUGCGCCUUUGUUUACAUCAUCUUGAAAGAGAUGCGGAAUGAGAGAGUGAUUGGAGAGGAUGGCUCAGAGGUUAGACUCCUAGGGUUCUGGAGUGUUCUGGUCAUGUCGGUGUUAGCAGGGUUCUGCUGCUGUAGCUUCACAUGGACCAUCACUUACUUCGACUCUUUUGAGCCUGGCACGUUCCCCCCAACGCCCCUGUCCCCUGCCCACCUCAGGCAGGUGACAGGUCACUCCUUCCAUAUGGGCUACAGUGUGGCGGUCCUAAAUGGCAUUGUAGCGGCGAUCACCAUCAUCUGGAGCCUCACCUGACCUUACCCACAACCCCCUGUUCUACCUGACCUUACCCACGACCCCCUGUUCUACCUGCUCUGACCCACGACCCCCUGACCUUACCCACGACCCCCUGUUUUACCUGACCUUACCCACGACCCCCUGUUCUACCUGCUCUGACCCACGACCCCCUGACCUUACCCACAACCCCCUGCUCUACCUGACCUGACCUUACCCACAACCCCCUGUUCUACCUGACCUUACCCACAAUCUUUCCCAUGUGUAUGUGUACAUCUCAAGAGAAGCAGUAGAACAUGUGAUACUAUGAGACAAUGUGUCCAGUACUAAAGUCAGCAUCUCACUCACUAGCUCCUUAUCGUUUGGUUCUCCAUGCUGUCCUCUUCCAGGCUGACAGUGUUGAGUCCCAGGUUUCUACAAAGUCAGGAUACCUUUUAUAAUGUACUGUAUAUUGUGAUAUAUAUCUAGCCUAAAGAGGUUUUUGUGCCAAAUGAGUGCUAUAAAGAGAAUGUUUAAAAUAUAAAAUGAGGCUCACACAUUAUAAAUCUAUAGUUUAUUGUGUCUAAUAUAUAACCUGUAGAGAUAUGUUCCAUGCAGUGUAUCUGUGCAUUUGACUGUUAUUCUCACUGAAUUAAGCUUUCACUGUCUCUCCUUCCCACACUGUCUGUACUACUGAACAGUAAAGAAGCUCUCACCUGC